AGCAGCGCCACCGGAAAUUGAUGACCCAGAAGAAUAAUCUUAGAAAAAUAAAAUAAUAGAUCAAUUUAUUUUUUCGCGGCUGUCACUGCAAGAAUAUUUAUAGUCUUGAAAUUAUGCUUAUUGUUUUAAUUUAAACACUAUUCAGAUAAUUGUGACAUGUUUUUUUACAUUUGCCAUAAUUUGAAUCAGUGCGUACGUGGUUACUUCAAAACGUACCGGCACUAUUUCAGAUAUUGAUAAUUAUCGAAAUUCAUUCAAUCAUUGGGUGUAGAUUGCCACUUUUAUACAUUAAUAGUUGCACACUACACAAAGACUGAAUAUUAGAGACAGCUAUGGAAACUGAUGAUAUUAAAACAUUCCAUCAAUGUACUGUAUGUGAUGAAAUUUUUGAAGAGUAUCAUACACUAAGAAAUCACAGACAAACCCAUGUUAAAGUUGAGAAAACUGAUGAUAUUGAAACAGUUAAUAUAGAAGAUACUACAUCAGUUGAAAGCACAAUUUGCGAUAACAAAGAGGUCAACACAGAAAAUUUUAAAUGUGAUGUUUGUGGUAAAUCAUUUAAAAAUAAUAAAAAUUUGAAAGCCCAUAUUACUAUUCACGGCGAUAAACCAUUUAUAUGUGAUGUUUGUGGUAAAUCAUUUAUCAACAAUAGCAACCUAAAAUCACAUAUGACUAUUCAUACAGGUGAAAAGCGUUUUAUAUGUGAUGUUUGCAAUAAAGCUUUCAGCAAACCACAUCACCUAAAGAAACAUGUCCGACUUCACACAGGGGAGAAGCCGUUUAAAUGCAGUGUUUGCGAUCGGUCGUUUGUUGAUAAAAAUGGGAUGAGUAAACACAUGCGAGUCCAUACUGGCGAAAAAGCUUACAGAUGUGAUGUUUGUGGGAAGGCCUACAGUGAAAGCAGUGUUUUGAAAAGACAUGUGAUCGUUCAUUCCGGACAAAAACCCUAUAAAUGCGAUGUUUGCACGAAAUCGUUUUAUGAUAAAAGUCAUUUAAGGAGACAUGUGAAAAGUCAUACGGGGGAGAAACCCUACGAAUGCGGGGUUUGUAAUAAAGCGUUUAUUCAGAGUAGCGAACUUAAGGAACACAUCAGAACCCACACGGGUGAAAAACCCUAUAAAUGUGAUGUUUGUGGUAAAUCGUGUACUACCGGUGGUCACUUAAGGACGCACAUGAGAUCCCAUACGGGAUAUAAACCCUAUACAUGUCCCGUCUGUGGAAAAACGUGCACCCAGAAAGGGAAUUUAACAAAACACAUGAAAAUUCACGCUGAAGGAAAACCCUCUAAAUGUACAGACCUGUCAGCUGAGGAGAGAUCUUGAGGCCAAACUGGCUAGGGAUCACAGUGGGUAAGACGCUGGCUUGCUAGACGGGAGGUCAGGUGUUUGUUCCCUGCAUUGGCCGAGAAAGUUCAUCCAGAUUUUCCGGCGUGGUUCCCCCUUGUUAGCGAUGCAGGAAGGAGGGCCUGACCGGGACAGCUCUCUAGUGGUUCAGAUGGGACGGAAAAUUGAGGUCCCAUGUACACAGUUAGAAUUCGAUAUAAGAGUAGCCGUAGGGUUGCUGUCCCUCAUAGCACACUGUAUGGCAAAUGCCCGUCUUCAUUAGCCCAUUUCGGAACAAAACAGUAGUCCGUUGAACCCCAUUUCAUUUCAUUUCAUUUCAUUUCCAAAUUGGCUAAAAUCAUUUGAUGGAAUCUUUACUUUAUUUAAGUGUUAUUUAUAGAAAAAUAUACUUCAUUUCCAGUUUUUCUGUUUAUGAAAUUGUGCAGUUGCCAUAAAAAGCUCCUGACUACGGCCUACUCUUAUAUCGAAUUCUAACUGUCAAGCGAUCUUUUACGUGCACGCCAAUGUGUACACGGGACCUCGGUUUUUCGUCCCAUCCAAAUGACUAGACAGCUGUCAUUGUCAGGCCCUCCAACCUGCAUCACUGACAAGGGGGAACCACGCUGGAAAAUCUGGAUGAACUUUCUCGGCCAAUGCAGGGUUCGAACACCCGACCUCCAGACUAGCGAGCCAGCGUCUUACCCACUCAUCUACUGUAAUGUUUAAUGUACAUGUAGUUAUAUUGUUAUUAAUUUAAGAAAACAAAGUAAAUAUUGACAAUAUACUAGCUUAAUGAAGAUAAAACACAUUUAUUAAAUAAAAUAUUCAAUAGUUUUUAUAUUAGUUGGCAACAAAAUUAAAGUUUGUUUACAGAAAGAAAA